GAGCCAUCAUUCCUAAGAAACUGUCCAAUCGUCCAUCAUCCUGAACACCGAAAAAAACAUCAGUCCCGUCUCCACAAUGGUCGGGAUCGCAAAUGACAAUCGAAAAAUCUGCUACAACUUCGCGAAGCGUGGUUCCUGUCACUUCAACCCCUGCCGAUAUGCCCAUGUUCGGCGGAACGAGAACGAAAAUCAUAAGCCGACCGAGAGAAAAAGCCCUAAAGUCAAUAGACAUGACAAUUUCGGCGAGCUCGCUCGUUGGAAGCGACAAGUCGACGCUUAUCAACGUCCCGGCCGGCUGGAGGGUCACCUAGGACCGAUCUUCGUCAAGGCCAAAGAGCUGAUUGAAGUCGACGAAGGCACACUUCAAGAUGUGAUCCAGUGUUUUGCCAGAGAGAGCGGGCUGAGACGCAUUCAAGAGCUGAUCCAGCGUGACUUUGCUUCCAUCUCGACGUCGGCGAAACACGAGCUGUUUGUCAACCAGAUGCUCCCCUUUAUGGAGGUCAUCACACACCCGAACGUUCUGGCCUCGCUGGUGAUGGAGCAAGCGGUGGGCACGAUAUACAACUGUCUCUAUGGGAUUAAUGGCCGUCGGGGGGAGCCCUUUCUAGCAUUUUUGGCGAGUGCCGUCCAGCAGGAAAUCGAGACUGAAGGAAAAGAGGCGUCCGCAUACCUUGAACAGUCUCUCCUGGUCUUUUGGAAAAUCGUUGAGUUGAAUUCAACCGCGUUCAUUCAAGAAUCGCUGAAGCCACUGGCCCAACGAUUCGCGGACCUGUUCCUGACGCUUCAUGCCUUGGACGGUCCCGAUCCCCUCCAUCAGUCGCGGGAGUACCUCGACAAGCUGCAGCACCGACUGGACAUCGGUCUCUCCUUGCCAGCCGUAGCAAAGGUAUCCAAACAACACGCAAGUCAGCCACCCGUGGCGUUUGUGGCCCAGAAACAGCCCCCUGGCGGCCGUCACGACAAUGACCACGCGGAUAUCUGCAAGAUCAAGAUCAUGCCGACAUUUCAGGAGAUUUUGUCGCCGCGCACCGAGUAUCUCCCAGUCAAGGAUCCGCGCCAGUGGCACGUCGGGGGACUCGCUGGACUCUUGGAUCGGAACUUCCGGCUCUUGAGAGAAGAUACAGUCGGCCAGCUCAGAGAUGCAAUCCAUGCCGAGCUCCAGCUGGCCGAUCCGAAGCAUGGCUCCCGUCCUAAAGGUCAAACGAGAACUCAUGUAUAUCGAGAGGUGGUCGUGCAAGGAGUGCAUUUUCAUAGAUUUGCUGGACUCCAGUUUCUCGUUCGCUUCGCUCAGCCGAAAAAUGUCCGCGGAAUGACGAAGAAAAAAUUACAAGAAUGGUGGCAGCUGUCGAAACGUCUCCAGUCCGAUGCCCUCGUAUGCCUGGUUGAUCCGCGAGGAUCGGCCACUUUUUGCACGGUGGCUUCACCAGAUCGCCCGAGGCCAGGAUCAGAUGCGGCCGAGAAACAGCAUGAGAAGAUGGUCCCUUCCCUCUCGGACAAUCCCAACGUGGCCUCCGUGCUUCUGCAGUUGGUUGAGCCGGGCGAGAGUAGCUGGCAGUACAUCCUCGACUGCCAUGCAUCCCGACGGAAUCAGUCAUCCAUCUCGCUCGUGGAGUUUCCCGGGGUGUUGUUGCCGUCAUUCCAACCCACUCUCCUGGCUCUCCAGAGAAUGCAGAGAGCUGCAGAUGUCCCCAUGUCGGAAUUCCUGGCACCCAGGGACCAGAACAUGCUGUCAAUCUUGGCGGACGUGCCGCCGCCUGUCUACGCCGCAUCCCAAGGCUUCAGCUUCGACCUCAAAUGUCUCAUGAGGGAUGGUUCCAGCCUAAGCGUACACAGCUCUCAACCGGUUGAUCUGGAAAAGCUUCGAGCAUCUUCCACCCUCGAUGAUGCCCAAGCUUUGGCUCUGGUCCGCACUCUCCAGCGGAAGAUCGGAUUAAUCCAAGGCCCGCCAGGGACUGGGAAAAGUUUCACCGGGAUCGCCCUGAUCAGGGCCUUACUGGCCAACAAACAUAAAGUCCGAAAGGGGCUGGGACCGAUUAUAUGCGUGUGCUAUACCAACCAUGCCCUCGACCAGCUUCUGGAGGAUCUGCUGGAUAACAAAAUCACCUCGCAGAUCAUCCGGAUUGGGUCGCAAUCCAAGUCGGAGCGCUUGCAACCGUUGAAUCUUCGUACGGUGGUUCGGGGCGUGGAGAAGACCCGCCUCGAGAAGACCGAACAAUGGCAACUGCACCAAGCGCUUGACGACUGUGAAGCGCAAUUCAACAAGCUCAGGUUGAACUCAACCGGCUCAGUUUCAAGUCUGAAGUAUUACCUCGAACGGUACCAACCAGUCCAUUAUGGCCAGCUCUUCGGCCAGGAUCAAGAUGGCUUCCAGAGGCAGAUAAACGACAGCCCCCUGCACACCAUACAAUCAUGGCUAAAGGCGGGCGAACAAAGCAGAGCUCAGCCCCGUGCUGUGGAACAGCUGGCCAGGGUCCAUGUAGAUAUGAUGACGGCGGCGGAACGCAAAGCACUCUAUGCGUACUGGGUGGACGAGCUGACCAAGAAUUCCCAUUUUCGGGCGCAGGCGGCUUUCCUUGCCCAUUUAGAGGCCAAGAGAUCCUGGGACAAAAUACGAGAUGAGAUGGAUCUGCGGUGUCUCAGGGCCGCGGACGUGAUCGGAGUGACUACAACCGGUCUCGCCCGCAAUUUGGAAAUGCUCCGCAGACUGCCAUCCAAAGUCCUGCUGUGCGAGGAAGCCGGGGAGGUAUUGGAGGCGCACCUGCUUACUUCGUUGCUGCCAUCUCUCGAACAGGUGAUCCUCAUUGGCGAUCAUCAACAGCUCCGGCCUCAGAUUCAAAACUAUGACCUCUCCCGCGAAAGCAAAGCAGGCAGCCAAUACGCUCUGGACCGGUCAUUAUUUGAACGUCUGGUGGAGCCGGAUGAUGGGGUCGGAGUCCAGAUCCCGUUCUGUACCUUGGAAACGCAGCGUCGCAUGCAUCCAUCGAUCUCUCAACUCAUCCGAAACACAUUGUAUCCGCAGCUACAAGAUGCGCCAUCCGUGUUGGCAUAUCCAGAGGUCGUGGGAAUGCGAAAGAGGCUUUUCUGGCUUGACCACCGGGUACCCGAGGGCAAUGCUUCAGGUGAGGAAGCCAUGGCGACGUCCCACUGGAAUGAUCAUGAGAUACAAAUGACAGUUGCACUGGUCAAUCAUCUGCUUCGCCAGGGGGCGUACCAAAAUGGCGACAUCGCUGUUCUGACCCCUUACCUUGGCCAGCUUCAUCGGAUGCGCCGGAAGCUGAGCGAGUCUUUCACGAUCACGGUGGGAGAAAGAGACCAGGAGGACCUGGCCAACGCUGGCUUUACCGAAGAGGAGCUGCACGCCGAGAAGCCAACCAUUGCCAGGUCAACACUCCUCCAUGCGUUACGGGUCGCAACAAUCGACAAUUUCCAAGGCGAAGAGGCUAAGGUGGUGGUGAUUUCGGUGGUGAGAAGUAACAACCAGAAUCGUUGUGGUUUCCUCCGUACGCCAAAUCGGAUCAACGUGCUUCUCUCCCGUGCCAGACAUGGCAUGUAUCUCAUCGGGAAUUCGGCCACAUCCAGAGGUGUCGACAUGUGGGGAAAGGUGCUCGAUAUGCUGGAGCAGGAUGGAAAUAUUGGCAAUACUCUGGAUUUGACCUGCCCCCGACAUCCUGAGACCCCGAUUACCGUCUCAGAGCCAGAGCAUUUUAUCCAAUACUCACCUGAGGGGGGUUGCAGUCUGCAGUGUGGGAAGCGCCUCCAGUGCGGCCAUCCUUGCAAGCAAAAAUGUCAUUCGGAGAUUCUUCAUAGCGCGGUUCAUUGCCUGGAGCAGUGCCAACGUCCUCGGAAGGGGUGCUCGCAUUCUUGUCCCAAGCCAUGCGGAGAUCCCUGUCCUGUACGAUGUACUGUAAUGGUUUUUGAUGCUGAUCGUCGCCUCCCAUGCGGGCAUCCGAUGACCCAUCUCCCUUGUUGGCAGGCGCAAGACCUUAGCCUAGUGAAUUGCCCGACUUUGGUCGAGCGAGAAAUACCGCAUUGCCAUCAUCGCACGAGGGUGGCUUGCCACGUUGACAUCACUAGCGAGCAUUACCAAUGCACUCGCCAGUGUCAGAGUGUGUUGCCAUGUGGCCACAGUUGCAAGCGGCAAUGCGUGUCGUGUGUGAAACGCACCGCCGAGGGUGUCCAGGUUGACCAUGGAAGAUGCACACAAAGAUGUGCACGCCCGUAUUCAACUUGCGCGCAUGCUUGUAAUGCUAAAUGUCAUGGGGACAUUCCAUGUUCACCAUGUACAUCGCCAUGUGACGUGCAGUGCGGCCAUUCCAGAUGUCCGCAGAAAUGCUCUGAGCCAUGUGCUCCAUGCGCGGUGUCCGAAUGCUUGUCUUCAUGCCCUCACAGCUCAUGCUCGAUGCCAUGUGCUGCACCAUGCGAUCAUAUUCCAUGUUCUCUGCGCUGUGAGAAGAUGCUACCCUGUGGCCACCAGUGUCCGUCGGUAUGUGGUGAACCUUGCCCUGCAAGCGAAUUCUGCCAGACUUGCGCAUCGGCCAGUAUCAAGGAGACCACGGUGGAUUUCAUCCUGGGCGAGCAGUAUCACGAAGUGAACUUGACGGAGAAUCCUUGCAUAUUUCCUCAAUGUGGGCACUUUUUGACCAUCGAGAGUAUGGAUGCUCAGAUGGAUAUCAAGAAGCAUUAUAUUCUGGACGACAAUGGAAAACCUGUUUCAAUUGCUUCGUCUUCGCAGCCAUUCUCAAUUGACGAUAUUCGGACAUGUGCUAUCUGCCGGGGAUCACUACGCAGCGUGUCCCGGUAUGGAAGGCUCGUUCGACGCGCAUUGCUGGACGAGGCAACAAAAAAGUUCAUCUUGUAUCUGAACCAACAGUACGUUCCAAUGGCUCAGGACCUGCCGAGGUGCAUAGCGCAAUUGCAGGGUCAUGAACAAGAAGCAAGAGUGAAAGAAACCGCAAGGCGAGUGUUCCAUGCUGAUGUCAAGAUCCGAGUCGAGGGCCCUUUGGAGCAUCAGGUGCGAUUGAUGAGAAGUCAUAUCAGCAAGCAUGAUGAAGGACGGUGGAAGGAACUUAUAGCUCUCCGGAACAAGAUCAGUGAGUAUAAGACCAGAGUGCAGGUCGAGGAGCAGCCGUUCAACCGAGUCCGCAACAUGGUAGAAGACGCACGUCGACGCAAGAGGAUCCCUGGUCAAUUCAACUUCGAUGCGAACGUACUGCAAACCAAGGGGUACCUUCAAGCUACGUCUCUCUUGCUGCGCCUAGACACAGCUCUGCUUGCAGACUUUCUCUCCCUGCACAAGCAAGCGCAAUCCGGCACCGCCCAAAGCGAUCUAUACGUUAACUUAGCGGAAGGUAGGAAAGUAAGCAAAAGUCUCAUUGCCGAUGCAGCAAGCUCGCGCCGAAUCCUGCAACAGGCGGAGGGGAACAUCUUCCUCGCACAAUUUUGUGCACUCGAGCGGCAGAACCUGUCCGAGCCAGCCCAAGCAGAGGCUCUGCUGCACGAAGGGACUGCUGCGAUUGAGGAGGCGGAGAGUCUUUGCAACCUCCACGCUGGACAGACACGCGGCCUCUUGGAAGAAAUCGAGGGCACCAGGGCCAUGCUCCGCGGCUCGGAAUUCUAUACUCCAGUGACCAACGAGGAACGUAUGGCCGUGCUGGCUGCCAUGGCCAGGGAGUUUCGUGGAACAGGUCACUGGUAUUAUUGCGAGAAUGGCCAUCCGUUUACGAUCGGAGAAUGUGGUGGUGCUAUGGAGCUGUCUCGGUGUCCGGAGUGCGGCGCGGCGGUGGGGGGCCAACACCAUCAAACCACCGCCGGCGUGACCCACGCCCGUGACCUGGAAGUUGCCUUGCGGGAGAUGCAUCUGUAGUGGAGCUUGGAACUUGGGAGGGUAACGAGUAUGUUGGAAUAAGGUCAGAAUAGAAUUGUCCAUGAAGGUAUAUUCUAUCUAGCUAAUCCCCAAUCUUUGUUUGGACCACGGAUGUCACUUCUAUGUGCGGUGAGACUGCAGGACUUUAUACAAAUAAAGGUUGUCUGAAGGGUCAAUGCACUGAGGCCUAAUACCAGUGUUCAGCCAGCUAAUUACUAACUAG